GCAGCACACACGGCCAAGGAUAGCGUGCUGUCCCGAGUAUUAAACUGGGUUUGGAGGGGGUGGCCGGUUGGAAGCGUUGAACCGGAGUUCGGCCCUUACAAAAGCCGUCAAAAUGAACUAUCCAUUUCUAAGGGCUGUGUAUUAUGGGGGAACAGGGUGGUGGUUCCUGACAAACUCAGGACGAGAGUGUUAGAGUCGCUGCACGAGGGUCACCCCGGUAUGGUACACACCAAAGCGUUGGCCAGAGGGUAUGUCUGGUGGCCGGGGCUGGACAAAGAGAUCGAAGAAUGGGUACGAGGGUGUCCCAAAUGCCAGCAAGUCAGACCCGAUCCCCCACAAGCUACACCCCAAGGCUGGGAGUCAUCUGGUAAACCCUGGGCCAGAUUGCAUAUAGAUUUUGCUGGCCCUCUCCAAGGGCAAAUGUUCCUAAUUGUGGUGGACGCUAUGUCCAAAUGGCUGGAGGUCGUGCAUAUGAAAUCGACCACAUCACUUGCUGUGAUCCAUGCGCUCCGCCGACUUUUUGCCACCCACGGGUUGCCUGACGUCAUCGUCAGUGACAACGGGCCUCAAUUUGUGUCUGAGGAAUUUAGGCUCUUCCUCACGAGUAAUGGCAUACGCCAAAUGACUUCGGCCCCUUUCCAUCCGGCAUCUAAUGGCCAAGCCGAACGGAUGGUCAGGACGGCCAAAGAGGCCCUGGGUAAAAUGCGGAGACUCACGACCCGUUUGAACCGAAUGCACCCAGACCUCACUCUCAACCCAGAGGUGCAGCCCAUAAAACUCAAGGCACGGUGCAUCCCUUUUGCACUGAAACCCAAAACUGAGGAGGAGUUAGAUCACUUGGCAGCCCAAGGGAUUCUGGAGCCAGUCCCCCACGCGCUUUGGGAGACCCCAAUAGUCACUCCUAUUAAACCCAAUGGGGAUGUCUGCAUUUGUGCGGACUACAAAUGCACUAUUAAUAAGGCGCUGCAGGACCAUGCCUACCCGGUGCCGGUCAUCAGCCAUGUCCUGGUCACACUGUCUGGCGUGAAAAUUUUGGGGAAACUGGACUUAGCACAGGCCUACCAGCAGUUGCUAGUAGAUGAUGCCACGGCUGAGGCCCAAACCAUAGUGACACACUGGCGCGCUUUCUGGGUUCAACGGCUGCAGUUUGGGGUCACUGUGGCUCCCGGGAUCUUCCAAACCUAA